UCCGAGAUAUAAUAGCAUCAUUGAGUUUGUCGUAUAGAGAGCGAAUAGACCAUACGAAAAGGGGAAGACAAUCAUUAUUUAUUAACCUGUGAGCUCAUUUACUGGAAUAUUUGGUUGAAGUAUCGUUACUCAUUCUCUAUGGAUAUAAAAUAGGGACAAAUCAGCUCUAUAUUCUUUCAUUUACCCGUUUUAUCUGGGCUGCCAGUAAAGCAUCCUGCGUUAAUUCUCAAAAUGGCUGAGAUUACAGAAUUACGACCUGCAUAUGACAUGUCACCGGUGCUGGCUGGUUUUAUCGGUGCAGCGGCUCUGGUGGUUGCCGUGGUGAUCCUGGUUCUCCUGUGGUCCUUCUGCCAGCGUCGCAACCUCCGGGUGAUGGGCCGGUACAAGCUCCAUGGUGAUCAGUACACCGACUCGGCUGAAGACCCGCCCUACAAGUUCAUCCACAUGCUGAAGGGCAUCAGUAUCUACCCAGAGUCCCUCAGCAGCAGCAAGAGGAUAGUACGGGUGGCCAGGCGUGCUGGGUGGCAGGGGGAGAGAGACAGAGAGAGGGGUGGUGGCCGCGGGAUGGUCCUGGUGGAUGCGGAGAACAACAUCCUGGACGCGCCUACCCAUCUCCAGAUGAGCCACCUGGUGCCCCCUGCUGGCCAGCCCAGAAUGGAGGCGGCACUGCCCGUCAGGGCCGACUACUGCUGCCUGGAUAGCUCAGCUACCAGUAGCGAGAACAGCAGCAAGACCGUUUCACCUUUCACCCCCGCGUCCUCUGACCCAGAAUCAGAGCCUGAAACCAGCCUGGGCUCCCUCAGCCUGGCUUUAGACUACAACUUCCCCAAGAAAGCCUUGGUGGUGACCAUCGUUGGAGCCCAUGGCCUGCCUGCAGUUGACGAACAGGGGAACAGCUCCGACCCUUACGUGAAGAUGACCAUCCUCCCUGAGAAGAAGCACCGGGUGAAGACCAGGGUCCUGAGGAAGACACUGGAGCCGGUGUUUGACGAGACGUUCACGUUCUAUGGCGUGGCCUACAGCUCGUUGCCCGAGCUCACGCUGCACUUCCUGGUGCUCAGCUUCGACCGCUUCGCCCGAGAUGAUGUCAUAGGAGAGGUGGUGGUCCCGCUGACAGAGUUGGAACCCAGCACGGGGCGGGUGCAUAUCACCCAGCAAAUCAGCAAGAGGAACAUGCAGUGCGAGAGCCGUGGGGAGCUGUUAGUGUCUCUGUCCUACCAGCCUGUCUCCCACCGCCUCAGUGUGGUGGUGCUGAAGGCCAAACACCUGCCCAAGAUGGACAUCUCUGGCCUGUCUGGAAACCCAUAUGUGAAGGUCAAUGUGUUCUACGGACGCAAGCGCAUCGCCAAGAAAAAGACGCACGUGAAGAAGUGCACGUUAAACCCCGUCUUCAACGAGUCCUUCAUCUACGACGUGCCCCCCGAGCUGCUCCCUGAGAUCUCCGUGGAGUUUGUGGUGGUCGACUUUGACCGUACCACUAAGAACGAGGUGGUGGGGCGCCUGCCACUCGGCCUGCACAGCCCCUGUCCCUCUGGCGCCGCCCACUGGCGGGAAGUCUGCGAAAACCCCCGUCGGCAGAUCUCAAAGUGGCACAACCUCAGUGAAUACUAGCUCCUCACACCGCCUAAUGCAUAUAGUUCUACCUGUGUAUAGGGGGAGGUGGAGGAGGGGAAGUGAGGGACUUCUUGCCGAGAGAGUGGCUUUUCCCCCAUGCCAUACAUUCUCUUGUGAAUAAUACCAACAAAAAAUGAACAACAUUCCUGGUGGGACUUGUACAGUGGACUUUACAGUGGUUAAGGUUCAAUUACAGGAUCGAAUUAAAGUAACAAACAUGCAUACAGAUAAACAUACACAUAUAUAACCCACACCACUACAGAAUUAUAGAGACACUCAGUCUCAGCAUUUGGGUAAGAGUAAUGAAAAUGAAAAAGUUGUUUGUUAACCAAAAUCUGACCAGGAUCACACAUUCAAAGCUAUUAUGAAUUAUUGUCUGGCCAUGUUGUAUGAAGGCGACGGGAGGAUACAUGCAAAUGCUUAAAAAAGAAAGAAUUGUCAGACUUCAAAAUCCUCCCCUUGCCAAUAUUGUACUUCAUUCAUUGCAUGUCUGAAUUAAACAGAAAUAUCAUCAAAUAAAAUGUAGUAAGGAAACAGAAGUAUUGCUUAUAUUGAUAGUGAGAAAAAAAAUUCUCUCUUAAAAUGAGAAAAUCUCAUGCAACUGACUCUCUGUUGCAGUUUCUCUGAAGGUAGCAACAAACAGGACAGCUAGAAAUUUCUAACCAUGAAAUGUUUUGGGGCCUAACUGUUGUCGUUUAGUGGCAUUACCACAUUUGAUGACAAGCUCUGUAUCUAUCAUGAAAACCACCAAUGUUUCAAACCAAUUGAUGCUUUGUUGUUAAGACAAAUGUGAUUUCACUGCAAAUAUAUUUAUUUUGGGUUCAUUUUUAGAACAAAUUCGGUCUGAAAAUAUGAAUGUAAUAAACAACCAAAACAUUAUUACAUGGAUACAUGUAGCGUUUCGCUACACUCACAUUAACAUCUGCUAACCAUGUAUAACAUUUGAUUUGAUUUGAUUUAACAUGUGAUCACAAGAAAUAUGACAUCUUCUCAUACUGUGGCAUUGAAAAAGCAUUCACCACAGUAUGAGCAAAUUACUGAAAUAUCACUGCAGCAGGUUAGUCUUAGUACUGUAAUAACCAGGUAAUAACACAUGCUAGUUAGGAGCUUGUAGUGCCAGAUGUUUUUUGAAAGUCACUGAUAUUAUUGUGAAUAAUGGUUUUGACAUGAAGAGUUGUAAAGGGUCAUGUUUUGCUGUGUGGUUUCCAAAAGGUUUAUACAGUAUAUUCCAUAUAUAUUUUGGCCUUUGCUGCCAUGCUCAUCUUUUAGGACUCGAUUCAAUCCGAAUCACCUAAGUUCUGCGCUAUAGCGUGCUUGAAAUGUAAACACAAUUUUUUUAUUGAGCUGUCAUAUGCAGCGUUUACCGUGAAUACAGUCUUCGCGAACUUGGGAACAUUGGCUUUACAUUGCCUUUACAUUUCAAUAGCGCUGAACUUGAGCGAUACGGAUUGAAUCGAGCCCUUCGUGUAUUUUUGUCUCUUUCAUUUGGCUAAUUUCAAGAUUAUAUUGUAUAAAAGAACAGUGCUUUAUAUCUUGAAGGCAACAAUUUUCUAUAGUGUAUAGCCUCACAGGUUGAAGCUCCUGUAUGUUGUUGGUGAUACUCUAUGUGUGUGUGUGUGUGUGUGUGUGUGUGUGUGUGUGUGUGUGUGUGUGUGUGUGUGUGUGUGUGUGUGUGUGUGUGUGUGUGUGUGUGUGUCUGUGUGUGUGUGUGUGUGUGUGUGUGUGUGUGUGUGUGUGUGUGUGUGUGUGUGUGUGUGUGUGUGUGUGUGUGUGUGUGUGUGUGUGUGUGUGUGUGUGUGUGUGUGUGUGUGUGGAGACUGCAGAGCCCAGGUGCACUGUUUAGAAUAAUAUAAGUGGUGAUGGGGUUCAGAGCAGGACAUGGCAGUGGGGUGGCUACUGCUAGCUUCUGGCUUGGCCAGGACCAGAAGGACGAGACACAGGUGGGCAAACCCCCACACCUCCACUGUCACCAACCUCUCCAUCCUCUCUUCCUCCUCUUUUUCUCCCACUCUCUCACUCUCUCUGACCCUCCUUCGCACUUUCUUUCUAGCUCUCUCUUUACAGUCCCUUAUUUCCUCAAUCUCCUUCGUUCUCCCGUCUCCUCUCUCUAACUCUUUCUUUGCACCUUCUUUAUUUGGAUCACUAAUAUCUCAAAUUCCUUUUAAUGCUUCAUUCCUCAUAAUGAGAGAAGUCACAGUAUUUGACAGAUUAGUGAACCCAUCAUAACACCUAUCACACCCUGUGAGGAUUUGGCUGUAUGACUGAUGCUCUGUCAUCAUUGUACACCAUAGGUCAGGGGUGUCAAACUCAUUCCAUGGAGGGCCUAGUGUCUGCAGGUUUUUUUGUUUUUUCCUUUCAAUGAAGCCCUAGACAACAAGUAGUGGGGAGUUCCUUACUAAUUAGUGACCAUAAUUCAUCAAUCAAGUACAAGGGAGAACUUGCAGACACUCGGACCUCAGUGGAAUAAGUUUGACACCUGUGCUGUAGGCCUACUCAGUGGAGACAUGGGGAGUCUAGCUGCAAUGGCUUUACAUCACACUGUGUAACAUUUACUGCGGUGCAGUCUGGCAAAUUGACUGUGUGAAACUCUGGGAGAACAGUAAUCUCAGUGAAGCCAAGGUGAAAAUACUUAAGUAAGACUGCAGGUUUGUGUCUUGACAGGGCAAGGGGAAAGCAUAAAAUUGUGUUGCAAUACAUAUGAGCUGCCUUGUUUGCUUUUGGCAGCAAACUCCUGCGAUCAGAACCCCCACCAUUUUGACUGUCUAUAGCCCCGUUGAUACCUGAUGCUAACAUGGGUCCUUAGUCCUGAUCUUGUCUACAUUCUGAUUGUGCCCACAUUUCCAGAAGUGUGUCUACACAUGGUAUUAAAAUGAGUCUGUUAUCUGUCCACUGUGUCUGCAUUGUGACCAGAGUUCCUGGUCCCUUCCUUUAUGCAAAUAAUGUCACAGCUAUAAUAUUUGUAUAUGUAUUUACUGUAAGACACAUAUUGAUGUAAUCAGCCACCUAUCCCUGAUUUUAGAGGCCGGAAUAAUGAUGAUUUAAAUGGUUUUUCUGUCCAGAUCUGUCUACACUUGUAAGAUGUCUAGACACAAAAAGAUCACAAUCAGAUCACAACGUGUCUUUUGACUGUCAACACCUGUCUAAAAAUGUGGGCACAAUCAGACUGUUGACAAGAUCAGGACAAAGGACGCAAUUUAGAACAAGGUAUAAAAGGGGCUUACUUCACCUUGUCUCCCCACCUUCGACCUUCAGUGUAGCUAUUUCCUUUGUUGAAAUAUCCUUGUUAACUAAUUUGGAAUAAAAUAUGAAACGUAAUGUAAACAAACUGUAAUAAUGACUGAUCGUGGACUGGUACAAAUGAUUAUUUCAAGGUAUCUUCUGUCCAAAUACAUGGAGUUAAACUAUGUAAUGAAAUACUUGAGGGUAAUGCAAACGGUGUCUAAAACAUACAUUUUCCUAUGUGCUGAGUAUAUUUCCCGGAUGCUAACUUGUGUGUUUUUUUUCAUUAACAGUCAUUCAACGUGCAAAUAAAAAGUUAUACUCCA